UGUAGUACAUCCCAAAGACCAAAGCUUUCUGGGAGCGCGCUCUGCCCUACUUUACCUUUUGCGCCGGCUAGAGACCCAAACAAGCCGGGAUUAAAAACGUGACAUCACUCAGAGAGACAGUCAAAACCCACAUGUGGCUUCAGACAUGGGCAGUUCUGGUCACCAAAGAGCCGGACCCAAUGGGUACGGAGGCUCAUCGGUGCCUCGGGCUGAAGCCGCCACAAAGAAGCCCAAACCUCCACCAAAACGGCCGCAGGACCCCAGUGAAUGUUUGCAUGCAAGAAACGUGGAAGGUGCCUGGAGCAGUGCCGGACCUGGAUUGCGAAGUUGUUGCAGGACUUAUCGCAGAGGAGGCACGACGCCACCCUGAGGCACAAGCUAUUCGGCUUCUUGGCUUUGUACGUCGCUUCUCUCUUCGGCCACAGACCGGGCGUGGUCUGGAACACGAGGGUGUGUGAGGUGGAAGAGGCCGAGUCGGGAUCCAGGCACGACUCUUCCGGCUACGUGAUCAAUGUAAGUGCCCCCCCACACCCGAAGCACUUCAUCCCAGACACAGAACCAGAGGCUCAGGUAAAAGAACCGGGACUGCAGCUGUUUGUGACGCCGGUGGAAUACGGUUGGCUGAGAAGCUGGAUCUCCAUACGCCGCAAACUGCGCCCGGAUUGCGACCUGGUGUUCUUCAACACCAACGGAGGCCCUGUCAACAAGCACACCGCCUUCGCCAGGGACGCAUGGGCCAGGAUGCGCCUGACGGGGACUCCCUCGUUGACCGACAUACGGACCGCCGUGGCCACCAUGGCCAGGAACACACAGUGCGCUGAGGUCAGGCAGCAGAUGUCCCACCUCAUGUGCCACGACACCAGGACGGCAGACCGGUUCUACGUGAUGCAGCUGAAUGUCAGCCAGCUGGCAGCCAUGCGGAGGACCUUCGACCUCUCCAGAGAAGCAGAGCAGCCUGUUGAAUAAUGUGCUUGUUCAAUAAAGCGUUUCAAACGCCUCUUCCCCUUGCUUCAUGCUUGUUUUCUGGGUAAAAUCCUGUUCUUCCGUGAGAACCAGGAAUUGUUAAAGUGUUUUUAAUUCUACCCGGGACAGGGAACCAGAGCCCCGGGUAACAGAGAACCAGGACCGCAGCCUCUCUGAGAACCAGGGACCCACAGCCCAAGCACUUAACCCGGCCAUGGCUCCACAUCUCCGGGUAACAGAGAACCAGGACUGCAGCCUCUCUGAGAACCAGGGCCUGCUGUGGAGCUACUUACCCCAGCCACAGAACCAGAGGCCCGGGUAAAAGAGAACCGGGACUGCAGCCUCUCUUAGAACCAGGCUCUCCAUUAGAACCUGCGGACCCGCACUCAAGCACCCCCUCACGGACUACACCAAACAGUCACACGCCCUGUAGUUCGUGCCAGAGUUAGGCACGCCACGGAACGUCGGAUCCUGCUGGAGUACGCCCGAGGAUGGGUUAGCACCGGGCCUGAUCCACUACUCACAGGAACCUUCCUGCUCCACCAAACCGGAACUCGAAACCUUUCAGAACCUCAUUCAAGCCGCCAACUGCAGCUCCUGGAUCACUCUUCAGCUUCCUACAGGAACCAUCCGAUGUUGAGCGAAGCUGAAUGAUGUUUCAGUGUUCAACGUUUAUUGCUGAUGGUCGGUGUGUGAAUGGUAUAUAAUGUUGGUUAAAGGUUUUAUUUAUAUCUUGUAUAAAAAUUAACAGUUGAUUUAAUGGUAUAUCAUAUACUUGCAGUUUGUAUUUUUUUCUUUUUCAGAUGGUGUAUUGUUUUUCUUGAUUUUACAAAUAAAUUAUAAGAUUCAGUUUUAAAUAAACAUAUAUUAAAAAAAACUCAAUAUAUUUAUGUUUUAACUACGUGAAGAAGAUGUGGUCACUCAGACCUCGAAGGAGGACGACGUCCUGGAUAAAUAAAAAUUAGAUUUAAUGUUUUUAUGUUCAUUUCAUGUUUUAUUAAAGUAUGUUAAAUUUUUAUUUUG